AUGGAGAAGAGGAAGGUGGUGCUGCUCUUGCAGGGAUUUGUCCUCUUGCAGCUGAGUCGUCCCUCACUCCAAGGAGGGGUGUACAUUCCACCCGGAGCAGGUGGUGCUGGAGCCGGUGUUGGUCCUGGGGGAGGUCUUGGAGCCGGACUUGGAGCUGGAGCAGGUCCAGGUGGCGGGCUAGGGACAGGACUUGGCCUUGGAGGAGGAGGACUAGGAACUGGACUAGGUCCAGGGGGCGGACUAGGAACAGGCUUACGACCUGGAGCUGGACCCGGAGCUGGUGCCGGAGGUUUUGGACCUGGUGGUGCUGGUCAAGGACCUGGUGGAGUUGGACCAGGAGGGUACGGACCAGGUGUUGGACCUGGAGGAGUUGGUCCAGGAGGGUAUGGACCUGGUGUUGGACCUGGAGGAGUUGGUCCAGGAGGCUUCGGGCCUGGCGGUGCUGGACCAGGGGGAUAUGGAACCGGAGUAGGACCCGGAGGUGUUGGACCAGGAGGUGUUGGAGCAGGGGCUGGUCCAAAGCCACCUAAAACAGGCGGUGCAUAUGGUGGCCAGGGUGUUGGUCCAGGGGGCCGAGGUACCGGCUUUGGCCCUGGUGGGCAGGGUGCUGGUCUUGGAGCUGGUGGUGUUGGACCGGGUGGUGUAGGUCCAGGUGGUGUUGGACAAGGUGGUCUUAGACCAGGAGGAGUUGGGCCGGGUGGUGUUGGACCAGGUGGUUAUGGACCAGGCGGAGGAGUUGGACCAGGUGGUUACGGACCAGGCGGAGGAGUUGGACCAGGUGGUUACGGACCAGGCGGAGGAGUUGGACCAGGUGGAGUCGGCCCAGGUGCUGGCAGAAAGCCUGGAAAAACAGGUGGUGGAUACGGGGGUCAAGGCAUUGGUCCAGGUGGCCGUGGAACCAGUUUAGGAGCAGGUGGCAUUGGACCUGGAGGAGUUGGCCCUGGUGGAGUUGGAUUUGGAGGAGUUGGUCCAGGUGGAUACGGUCCUGGUGGUGGAGUUGGACCAGGUGGAUAUGGUCCUGGUGGUGGAGUUGGACCUGGUGGAGUUGGUCCUGGAGGCUAUGGACCAGGAGCUGGCACCAAAGCUGGAAAAGCCGGUGGUCGGGGUGCUGGGCUUGGAGGACAGGGCACUGGUCUUGGACCUGGUGGAGUUGGACCAGGUGGUGUCGGCCCAGGUGGAGUUGGCCCUGGAGGUUAUGGACCUGGUGGUGUCAGACCAGGUGGUGGAGUUGGACCUGGUGGAGUUGGACCUGGUGGUGCUGGCCCUGGAGGUUAUGGACCAGGUGGUGCUGGCCCUGGUGGUGCUGGACCUGGAGGUUAUGGACCAGGUGGUGCUGGCCCUGGUGGUGCUGGACCUGGAGGUUAUGGACCAGGUGGAGUCGGCCCAGGAGGAGUCGGCCCAGGAGGUUAUGGCCCUGGAGGUGUUGGAAGAGGUGGGAAGACUGGGAAGCCUUCUAAGACAGGUGGAUACGGAGGCCGUGGUGUAGGUCCAGGCGGAGCGGGUGCUGGUCUUGGAACUGGAGGUCUCGGACCAGGUGGAGUCGGCCCUGGUGGAGUUGGACCAGGUGGAUAUGGUCCUGGUGGAGGAGUUGGACCAGGCGGAUAUGGUCCUGGUGGUGGAGUUGGACCUGGUGGAGCUGGACCUGGAGGAGUUGGACCAGGCGGAUAUGGUCCUGGUGGAGGAGUUGGACCUGGAGGUGUUGGACCAGGCGGAUAUGGUCCUGGUGGUGGAGUUGGACCAGGCGGAUAUGGUCCUGGUGGUGGUGUCGGACCUGGAGGAGUUGGACCUGGAGGUGUUGGACCAGGUGGACUUAGACCGGGCGCAGGAGGAAAACCUGGAAAGACUGGUUAUGGAGGCCUUGGUGGAGCAUUAGGACUAGGAGCUGGGGGCCUGGGGGCUGGUCUAGGCACUGGGGGACUAGGACCUGGCAGCCAAGGCACAGGAUACAGACCUGGAGGUGGUUAUGGGGGCUAUGGACAGAAACCACCAAAAACAGGGCCAGGUGGAGCCGGAUAUGGACCAGGUGGAGCAGGUUACGGACCUGGAGGGACUGGACUUGGACCUGGUGGUGCCGGUUAUGGACCUGGUGGUGCUGGUUAUGGACCCGGUGGUGCUGGUGUGGGGCCAGGAGGUGCCGGAGUCGGACCAGGAGGUGCCGGAGUCGGACCAGGAGGUGCCGGAGUUGGUCCUGGUGGAGCAGGCGUUGGUCCUGGAGGAGCCGGAUUCGGACCUGGUGGAGCGGGAGUCGGGCCAGGAGGAGCAGGUACUGGACCAGGUGGAGCUGGAGUUGGCCCUGGUGGAGCAGGAGUUGGCCCUGGUGGAGCAGGAGUUGGCCCUGGUGGUGCAGGAGUUGGCCCUGGUGGAGCAGGAGUUGGCCCUGGUGGAGCAGGAGUUGGCCCUGGUGGAGCAGGAGUUGGUCCUGGUGGUGCCGGAAUUGGUCCUGGUGGAGCAGGAGUUGGCCCUGGUGGUGCAGGAGUUGGCCCUGGUGGAGCAGGAGUUGGCCCUGGUGGAGCUGGAGUUGGCCCUGGUGGUGCUGGAGUUGGCCCUGGUGGAGCUGGAGUUGGCCCUGGAGGCGCACCACUACUUCCUCAGACUGGUCAACCAGGCGGAACAGGCCCAGGAGGAAAAGCCGCAGGGAAGGCCGCUAAGAUUCCAGGUUUUGGUGGACGGGGUGUACUACCUGGCGUUGCCACAGGUUCCGGGGUGGGAUCUCAGUCUGGAGUUCUGGGUCAAGGGGGAGUUGGAACUAAUGGUGGUCGUGGAGGUUACUCUGGACAACAACUACCUGGCGUGUUUCGCGGAUACCCUCUUAUUACACCCAAAACUGGAGCAGGGGGGAAAAAAUCUAAAGCUGGCAAGGCUGGUAAAUAUGGUGCUGGUGCGGGGACUGGAACUGGAACUGGAGCUGGAGCUGGAACUGGAACUGGAACUGGUGCGGGUGGUAUACCUCUUGCCAGUGGCCUUCCUGGACAAGGCGUCGUAGCAGGGGCUGGUGGCGUUCCUGGGGGAGCAGGAGGCGUACCUGGAGCAGGGGGUGUACCUGGGGGAGCUGGAGGUGUACCUGGAGCUGGGGGUUACCCAGGAGGGGGUGUCUAUCCUGGAGCUGGAGCUGGAGCUGGACCUGGAGCUGGAGGUUAUCCAGGAGGGGGUGUCUAUCCUGGAGCUGGACCUGGAGCUGGAGCUGGAGGCUACCCAGGAGGGGGUGUAUAUCCUGGAGCUGGACCUGGAGCUGGAGCUGGAGGCUACCCAGGAGGGGGUGUAUAUCCUGGAGCUGGACCUGGAGCUGGAGCUGGAGGCUACCCAGGAGGGGGUGUAUAUCCUGGAGCUGGACCUGGAGCUGGUGGUGCUUAUCCAGGAGGAUACGGAUCAUCCGCAAAGGCUCGUAAAUAUGGCCAGCCUGGAGGUACCGGUGGUGUCCUGGGCGCUGGUAGAGUACCUGGUGGUGCUGGAGGCUUACCUGCUGGAGCAGGUGGUUUACCUGGUGGGGCUGGAGGCUAUCCGGCUGGAGCAGGUGGGGUACCUGGUGGUGCUGGAGGUUAUCCUGGUGGAGCAGGUGGCGUACCUGGUGGGGCUGGAGGUUAUCCUGGUGGAGCAGGUGGGGUACCUGGUGGGGCUGGAGGUUAUCCUGGUGGA